AUGAAUCCUGUGAACGAGAAAACAUCUCCUUUGCAUUUAUCAUCAGUUUUAAAUAACCUUUCAUUAGAUAUGAAUCCAACACAACAAGAUUCCUUAAAUGCUAGUUAUACCUUAAAAUUAGGUAAUUUACCAAAGGAUAUUACCUUAAGAGAAGCAUAUGCAAUCUUUGCAUUAACAAAUAAUUUGGUGCAUUUAGAACUUAUAGAAAAUCAUACUGAAGAAACUGGAAGUAUAAAACCAGAAAUUAUUGCAAAAUUUAAUUCUAUGGACUCUGUAGUAUAUUGUGCACAAUUAUUAGUGUCUAAAACAGAUGUUUUCGGUCCAACGGAUCCAAUAAUUUGUCAUGUAGAAGUCAUUGAUAAUUUAACGAAUAAAUUAGUUGCAUUUCAAAAUAUUCAACCUAAUGGACGUUCAUCUUCUCAAUUCACUGCAACGGGUGGACAAAUUACAUCUUUACCAAAUAUGAACGCUAUGAUUGGUAGUAAUACUCACCCAACUACCUCUCAACAACAUCAGCAACAGCAACAGCAACAACAGCAACAUCACCACCACCAACAACAACAACAGCAGCAGCAGCAACAAGGUAAUUCAUCGCGUUCUCAAUUUUCUUUUAGUGAUCCAUUUGCCAACAGUAUGGCCAAUCAAGAAUCUAUUCAACAAAACCAACAAAAUGCAUCAAAUGUGAAUCAAUCUCAUCAAGAUAUAUCUGUAAAUACUACCGAUGUUGGAAAAUCAUUCUUACUUAUGGACAAUGAUGAAAUUAAUGAUACAAUAUGGGGACCAAAUGCAAUUCCAUCAAGUAUCAAUGGUUUAAGUAAUACACCACAACCAUCUACUCCAACCGUAGAAUGGGGUAAUUCAAGUAGCAGGAAACAAAGUUCAGCUUUCUUUUUACCACCUGCUUCCGGCUCUGUUGGAACACCAACAAUGCCUAACAUGGAUGCCAUGGCAAUGCCUAAAGGUGUACAAUUACAAGGAUCAAACAAUCAAUCACAAAUUGCUCCAAAUCAAACUGUAUCUUCUAUUCAACCAUACGGUAUGAUGAAUCAAAUGGGAUCCAAUAGCAAUAAUCCUCCUAUGCAAAAUAUGAUCGACAAUAAUGAAAUAAAUUAUCCAGCACCUCAAAAUUCACAACAGGGAAACUUCAUGAACAAUUCUCCGUUCAAGGGUAGAAUGAGUACUAGUCAACCAAGAAACAUGAGUGAUGGCAUGGUAUCUUCAUCCCAACACGGUAACCAAAUUAACAACAAUGCCUCUAAUUCAAACCUCGCUAAUGGAUCUUCAAAUAAUUUGGUUAAGAUGAAUUCGUUAACCAAAAUUUCCUCCUCUACCCCAGUUUCUAAGGGUAACAAUCCACCAUCAAGCAUAUCACAGGCAGAUCUAUCUCUGUUGGCCAGGGUUCCACCACCAGCUAAUCCAGCGGAUCAAAAUCCACCUUGUAACACUUUGUACGUUGGUAAUUUACCUCCAGAUGCUACUGAAUCUGAAUUGAGACAAUUAUUUUCAGGUCAGCAAGGAUUUAGAAGAUUAUCUUUUAGAAACAAGAAUAACAAUGGAAAUGGUCACGGUCCAAUGUGUUUUGUUGAAUUUGAUGAUGUCAGUUUUGCCACAAGAGCGCUUGCUGAAUUAUAUGGUAGCCAAUUACCACGUACAACUACUAGUAACAAGGGAGGUAUUAGAUUAAGUUUUUCCAAGAAUCCAUUAGGUGUCAGAGGCCCAAAUAGUAGAAGAAACAUGAAUCCGUCCAAUACUCCAACUCUAGGAGGAAAUCCAAAUAAUUCUGUCGUACCUAACAAUAAUAUGGUUGGUAUACAGAAUAGUUCUGUAAUAAAUAAUACAGCUGUUCCAUAUAGUUAUACCAAUAAUUAUGCUAAAAAUUAA